AUGCUAAGUUCUUUGACUAACCUUGGGUUAUCAGAAAACAAUCUUACAGGUGUUAUCCCUGAUUCAUUUGGAAACUUAAGCAAACUAACCACUAUAUAUCUUCAUACGAAUCGACUUUCUGGUUCCUUCCUUCAAGAAUUUGGAAUUGUAAGUUCUCUAAGUGAUCUUAAGUUAUCAUUUUACAAUUUUGUAGGUAUAAUUUUUGCUUCUAUAGGAACCUUAACUAAGAUCACUUAUUUCAGAUUGUUCACUAAUAAGUUAAGUGAUCUCAUUUCAUUUGAACAGAACAAUUUUACACAAUUGAAGGAGUUCCACAUAUUUGGAAACCAAUUCACCGGUCACUUGCCUGAAAAUGUGUGCAGUGGUGGAUUGCUUGAGAAUUUCACCGCAUAUGAUAAUUAUUUUAUUGGUUCAAUGCCAAAAUCCUUGAGAAACUGCACAAGCCUCAAUAGAGUCCGACUUAAUGGAAAUCAACUUAUUGGAAAUAUGGGAGAAAGUUUUGGGAUAUACCCACGCUUAACAUAUAUGGAGUUGAGUUAUAAUAAACUUUAUGGUGAGCUUUCAGCUAAUUGGGGGCAAUGUCAAAACUUGGCAAGCCUGAAAAUCUCUAACAAUGACAUUUCAGGUAGAUUACCUCUUGAGCUUGGAGAAGCAAGUCAAUUACAAGUGCUCAUCCUCUCCUCAAAUAAGAUACAUGGGAAAAUCCCCAAGGAAUUAGGCAAGUUGAAAUUUUUGUUAGGCCUUUAUCUAGACGGUAACAAAUUUUCUGGACAAGUUCCUUACAAUUUCGAGAUGCUAUCAAAUUUGGAGCAACUUAAUCUCGCUAAUAAUAAUCUAAGUGGCCUUAUUCCUAACCUAGGGAAAUGUAAAAAACUUUUUCUCUUGAAUUUGAGCAACAAUCACUUAAGCAAAUAUAUCCCACUUCAAAUUGGUAAUUUUCAAUUUCUCCAAAAUCUUGAUCUUAGCAAAAACUUUCUAAUGGGAGAGAUACCACAGCAACUUGGAGAUUUGAAAACGUUAGAAACUUUGAAUCUUUCCCACAAUGCGCUCUCUGGCUCUAUUCCAUCUAGUUUUGAUAAAUUGUUAAGCUUGACAUCCAUUGAUUUGUCCUACAAUCAAUUGGAGGGUCUUAUUCCGAAUACUAAAGCAUUUUCGUGA